AACUCGUCUUAAAGCAGAGGCGGAAAUUUCUUAAGGUAACAAUGACCGAUAUGGAAAUGAUUAGAAGUGGGGAUAUUGAGAUUUUGUACAGCCAUCCUGAGGCUAUGUUUACGCCAGUUUUGAGCAGAAUACUGUGCAGCAAAGUCUUUCAGCAAAAGGUGUGCUGCAUUGCAGUUGAUGAAGUUCACAUGAUUGAGGAGUGGGGAGAAGAUUUCAGACCAAAGUUUAAACAGAUUGGAGAACUAACAGCCCUUUUUCCUAAUGCUGCUCACCUAGCUGUAACAGCAACUGCCACACCAAGUUCUAUACAAUUUCUUUCCAAAACACUUCAAUAUAUCAACCCAACUAUAAUUCAAGUUAACCCAGACCGACCAAAUUUGUUCCUCGAAAUAAAAACAAGAUUGUCAAACCUCGAGAAGUUUAACAAGUAUGAUGACAUUGUUGUUCCUCUAGCACAAGAACUUAAAACUAAGAGGGACAAGUUCCCAUUAACAAUAGUGUAUGUUGAAAGUCUAGAAGCAUUGGGGUAUUUCUACCAAUUCAUAAAUUAUGAGCUAAAAGAGGAGCAGUACAUAGGUGAGGCAGUUCCUGAAAAUAGAAUUUUUGGCCAGUUUCACAAAGAUUACACAUCACAAAUGAAACAGCACAUACUCUUUGAACUACGGAAAGAGGAACCGAAACUAAGGUUGGUUUUGGCAACUGUGGCAUUGGGUAUGGGUCUGGAUGAACCUGGAAUUACUAGAAUAAUACAUUGUAGGCCCCCAACUACAUUGGAGAAAUAUUUUCAGGAGGUUGGAAGAGCUGGGAGAAAGGGUCAGAAAGCUGAGGCUUUGAUGUACUUUAAUAACAAUGAUCUAGCGAAAAAUCGUAAGGGUUUAUCGGACGCUAUGGUGCAGUACUGCAAGACAAAAGAUAAAUGUCUAAGACUUCAGCUACUACAAUACUUUGGCUUCAAUAAAACAAAAUUUAAUGGACCAAUGUAUGAAUGUUGCAGUUACUGCAGGCAGUUACAGUAA